AUGGAGGACCCUGAGAAGAAGCUGAACCAGAAGAGUGACGGCAAACCACGGAAAGUACGAUUUAAAAUCUCUUCCUCCUACAGUGGCAGAGUGUUGAAGCAGGUCUUUGAGGAUGGGCAGGAGUUAGAGUCGCCAAAGGAGGAAUACCCUCACAGUUUUCUCCAAGAGUCCCUUGAACCAAUGGAUGGUGUGUACGGGUCUGGGGAGGCCCCCAAGCCCCAACCAUACUCCCCUAAGCUGACUGCUCAGAGGAUCAGCGUUUUUAGAGAGGGCAGUGCCUACACUUUGGCGGGCAGCCAGUCUUUCUUCAAUGAUUACAAGGCGAAUGACCAUAAGUCCCCACCGAUUAUAGAUUUUGGAAAGAUAAUCAUCUACACGAAUAACCUGAAAAUCAUCCGAACCCCCAUGGACAAGAGAGACUUCAUGAGGAAAAUGCUUCAGAAAGAAGAGGAGGCUGAGGAAGAGUCACUGACGAGCAAAGAAGAAAUCUAUGGAGACAGCGACCAGAAUGAUGGGCAUUUGCCAGACACGGAAAGCACAUUCCCCCGUAACCCGUGCCCACAGGAAGGGGAGCUUCCCGAGGACAACUGUUUUCACUGCCGAGGGUCAGGCAGUGCCACCUGCUCUCUGUGCCACGGCAGCAAGUUCUCCAUGCUGGCCAACAGAUUUAAGGAAUCCUAUCGGGCCCUGCGGUGCCCUGCCUGCAAUGAGAACGGCCUGCAGCCUUGCCAGAUUUGCAAUCAAUAGCCUGUGGCUUUGUGUGUCCGCUGUUGUCGCAUCCUUCCUGAAGUUCAACUGCUAAUAAGCCACCCUCUCCUUCUUUUCCCUCUCCCAGCAAGGAAGCCACAGUGGCUAGGACCACUUCCACCACUGCAAAACUCAAUUACUUGAUGACAUUUCGCGAGGCUGGUAACAUCUCCAUGUGGUUCUAAGUGGCAGAGGCAUUUUUGAAUUAGAGUCGGCUCUGAAACGGGUUCUAAAAUUAUCCUUCCAGGAACAUGUGCAUGUAUCUUACUUGACUUAGCUCAGUUUUUCCCUUGCACUAGUGAGCAAAUAAAUGUACAUUUCAGGCAGCAGGUUGAAGUCCUUUUCUGGUUGGGAGUUCUUUUGCAAAAUUAUGCCAUGACAAAGGAGUAAAAAAGGCAAGUUUCUGUGUAACUGAGUUCCUGUUGCUGAGAAUGCAUUUCAAAUCAUUAGUGGUCAGCUUGAAUUUUUAAUUAAGCAGAAGAGGAAAGGGAUGCCUGAUGUGGAAUGUACUGGCAGGCCACCGAAAACAACGCAUGUGCUUCACGCUGAAGAUGGGCAAACUGUGGGGGCCCUUGCCUUCCAAGUCCCGAGUCUGUCCUGUGUGAUGUGCCUGGGGAAUAAUCACGCAGGCAGGGAGCAGUGCAGCUCCUUAAGACCAGAUGAGAUAAGACACUCCUGCAUAUGUCUCUGGACUGCUGACGUUAUAAGCCAAGUCAAAACUACUUAGGAUAAAUUUGGUGCUUAAGUAUGUGUGUGUGAUAUGACUUCUUGCAGCCCCUGACUUAUCAGCAAAUAAAUAAAUGUAUUUCAAGUCUGGGA